CCACUUUUGUGUUUGAGACGAAAAAUGCAGCAUCACUGAAGCACUCGUUGUCUGCCAGCGUAAGUUGCACACCACUCCACGUGGAAAACCGUUGUGUGAAAGGAAAGGCCACAAUGGCAACCGUCGUCUUUCGUCUCCGGAGUAAAAACAAAGCAAACGAGAAGAGCUCUUUCUAGCUUCCACUCCCUUUAGGGUUUGGCAAACUCGCAUUCGAUCCAUCAACAAGAUUCUUCAAGGGCUUUCCCCUUGAAAUGGAAGGUCCUAGCAAUGGCGGGCUCCUUUACCACGAGGUGCAGGAGGCUAAACUGUGUGCAGUUCACUGCGUGAAUACCAUUCUACAGGGGCCCUUCUUCUCGGAAGUUGAUCUUGCAGCGCUUGCCUCCGAUCUCGACCAGAAGGAGCGGAUGAUGAUGAUGGAGGCAAGCGGCGGCUUUUCGGGGGAUUUCCUAUCGGAGGGCUCCUACAACGUGUCCAUGGGCGGGGAUUUCAGCAUUCAGGUUUUGCAGAAGGCUCUUGAAGUAUGGGAUCUUCAAGUUAUCCCCCUCGACUCCCCUAUUGCCGAAGCAUCUAAAUAUGACCCUGAGCUGGAGAAUGCCUUCAUUUGUCAUCUCCAGGACCACUGGUUCUGCAUCCGCAUAGUAAAUGGAGAAUGGUAUAAUUUCAACAGUCUCUAUCCUGCUCCCGAACAUCUCUCUAAGUUUUAUCUAUCUGCUUACUUGGAUUCUCUCAAGGGUUCCGGCUGGAGCAUUUUCUUAGUUAGGGGAAUAUUUCCUAAGGAAUGCCCUAUCUCAGCAUCUGAUUCUGCAAAUGGUUUUGGCCAAUGGCUGACACCAGAUGAUGCAAAGAGGAUAACAAUGUCUUGCAAUCAGGUCCAAGGUCCUACACCAAGAGAUCCUUCAACUCCACCUACUAAUCAAUCACCUGAAGAACCUGAUUCAAUUGCACAGCAGGAAGAACAAGAUCUUAGAGCUGCAAUCGCUGCCAGCCUUAUGGAUUUCUCUGAUUUCCGUGCCAGAAAUAGCGGCAAAGACGAUAUAAGCAGCUCCAUGCCUUUAGCGACCGCCAUGGCGAGCUCGAGCUCAGCUUCUGUUCUGGCUGAAGAUGAUGACGUAGUUCAUCCUGAUGCAGGUGCUAAUGAGGUUGAGUUCAAAGACACCAAAUUGUCGAGUUCUUUUUCACAUGGUAAAGAUGAUGACAAUCAAUGAGUUGCAGACGGACCAUGCUUAUGCUCUUCAAAAUGGUUUCUCACUGCACAUCUAAAGAGAAAAUUUAUAGGCCUUUAGUUUUCAUUUCUUUAUAGUUUGAACUUUGAAACUUGAACUUCCAUAUGGAUAAAUGGAUACUCGGUGUUUGUCGGUCAGGCGCCUUGUGGGAGCUUUAACUUCUAUGUGGAUAAAUGGAUGCUCAGUUUCUUUGUUCAGUUGUGUGCUUUUAGAUUAAGAUGAACAUGGUAGCAUUAGGAGAAAUGAUUUGCUUAGUAAUGUUAAAAAAACUUUAUGUUUUGUAUAGAAUA